UAGUUCACCGAAAUGUUAAUUAAAUUUUUCCUGUGACGUUUGAUUCUGAUUGAAGGUUCCUGGGUUUGUUUGUAACCUUUCACAAACAGAAGUUCUGUUUCCAAUCGGUUACUGAGUAUCUCAGUUGGGCGUUUCUGUUUUUGCUGUUUCUGGAUCCAGAAUGAACCUCAUCACAGCGGUGAAGCUGUACGUGACGAAAAUGGCAGAGGAGAGUGGCACUGGUAUGAAAGUCCUCCUGAUGGACCAGUAUACAACCAGCAUAGUCUCCAUGGUGUACUCACAAUCUGAAAUAAUGCAGAAGGAAGUCUACCUGUUUGAGAUCAUCGACAAGCCCGGAUCAAUUGAGCCGAUGAAGCAUCUGAAGUGCAUCGUAUUUCUCAGGCCGACCAAAGAUAACGUCGGCUUGCUGUGCAACGAACUCAGACGUCCUCGCUACGGAACGUACUAUCUUUAUUUCAGCAACAUUAUUUCAAAAGCUGAUAUAAAAACCCUGGCCGAGUAUGAUGAGAUUGAAGUCGUGAGAGAAUUCCAGGAAUUCUUUGGCGAUUAUUUAGCAGUCAGUCCACAUCUGUUUUCCCUAAACAUAACAGGAUGCUGCCAAGGGCUUAAUAAUUGGAACCCCGACCACCUUUUAAGAUGUGUACAGGGGGUGACGGCAGUGCUACUCUCUCUAAAAAAAUGCCCAAACAUUAGGUACCAAGGUUCUUCAAUGAUGGCAGAAAAACUUGCGGAUAAAAUAAGGGAAGUAUUGACAAAAGAAUCAACACUGUUUGAUUAUAAGCAACCUGAUGUUCCUCCAUUAUUAUUAAUAUUAGAUAGAAGAAGUGAUCCAAUAACACCCCUUCUGUCUCAGUGGACGUAUCAAGCUAUGGUCCAUGAACUUCUUACGAUAUCUAAUAACAGAGUAAAUUUAGGCAAAGUGAGUAGUUCUGUUUCGCCCGAACUUAAAGAAGUAGUGCUUUCGUCCGAGCAAGAUGAAUUCUAUGCAGAUAAUCUGUACCUUAAUUACGGUGAUAUUGGACAGACGUUAAAAAGGCUUUUAGACGAUUUUCAGAAAAAAGCCAGGAGUCACCAGAAAGUCGAGAGUAUAGCUGAGAUGAAACAGUUCGUUGAGAAUUACCCUAAAUUUAAGAAAAUGUCGGGAACAGUUACCAAACAUGUUGUGAUUAUUGGUGAAUUAUCAGCGUUGGUGGAGAAACGUUGUUUAAUGGAGGUUUCUGAAGUUGAACAGGAAAUGGUAUGCCAAGAUCAACAUUCGCACCAUCUACAGAGAGUAAAAUCACUAAUGUCCAAUAGUAAAAUAAGAAAUGAAGAAGCCUGCAGGUUGGUCUUGCUGUACGCUCUAAGGUACCAUACACAUUCAAAUUGUGAUAUUAGAAGUUUAAUUGAUGGCCUGAAGAAAAGAGGAGUUCCAGAAAAUAUGUGCAAGAUGGUCGAUGAAAUCAUAUAUUACUCUUUACAAGAUUCUGAUUCAAGCGCAAAUUUAGUCUCUCAAGAGAAAGUGGCAAAAAUUACCAAACGUUUUUUCAAGGAUCUUAAAGGUGUUGAGAAUGUUUUCACACAGCAUGUUCCGACAUUAAAGGAAACUUUAGAAGAACUUAUAAAAGGGAGGUUGAAAGAAAAUGUUUUCCCGUUCUUAGGGUCAACCCCACCAACAAGAAGAGUCCAGGAUAUUAUUGUAUUUAUGAUUGGAGGUGUGACUUACGAGGAAUCUUUAUGCGUAUACCAAUUGAACAAGAGUUCGAAUUUUGGAGGUGUACAAAUUUUACUAGGUGGUUCAACAGUGCACAACACGGAGUCGUUUCUGGAAGAAGUAUCGGCGGCCACGCAAAGAAACAGAGGGAUCGGGCACUAUAGACUGAAAUAAGCCGACAAGAAUUUACCAACCAAUUUUAAAUUCUUAAAAUGAUGGAUUAUCAUAAUAAUUGUUGCAUCAUGAACAAAGCUGAAGGAAAGGAGCCUUAUUUCAGACUGCAUUCCUUAAACGUACCUGAUGAAUUUGCUUUUGUAAUUUAUUAUUAUAAUCAUUAUUAUCAUUAAAAUCAAAAUUUAAUUCCUAUCUAGUUAAUUCCAAUUCAUAGUCGUUUAAUGUCUCAUUAUUAAAAGUUUCCUUGUGAAAUAAGGAAAAAAUCCAUUUAUAAAAAUGAUCAUUUGUACAUAAAGUCAGCCCUGUGCUCAAUUUAUAUGUACAUGAUUGUCAGCAUUCAUCCUUUUUUUAAUAUGUAUUUGAAAUUAAUUUUAUAUUGCGAUUAAGUCAUUAAAAAUAAAUGUUCUAU